AUGGGAGAAGUUGUAGAUUAUUUCAGUGAAGACGCUAGUUCAGAGCCUGCUAACAGUAGCGAUGUCAUGGGAAAUAGUAGUAGAAGCGGUUUGAAGGAAGUUCAGGUCCCACUUUUCAAAGGAAAUCGGGAAGACUGGCCGUAUUUUUGGGUUAUUUUCAAGUCCCUUGUGCAUGGCAAUAAAACGCUGAGUGAGCCUGUGAAGCUCGCACAUUUGAACAACUCCCUCGCUGACAAUGUAAAAAUUUUGAUUUCGUGUCUAACCGGGGGUCCUGGGGAUUAUGAGAAGGCUGUCAAGUUGUUAGAGGGAACAUUUGGGGACCCGAGGAAUGUGAUAGAGGCCCAUUUAAACCGAAUCACAGACUGGCCUGCUGUUAGGAGUGAUGACCGCACGGGGUUUGAGGGGUUUGCAGACGCCUUGCAGGCCGCAGUGUUUGCGCUAGAUAACCCUACAUUUCAACAUGAGCUAAAGAGUCUGCCACUUUGCACCCAGUUAGUGCGCAAACUGCCUGCUGAAGAAAGGGAUGAGUGGGUGCGGCAAGUAGAGAGGGGGCAGGUGCAAGAGGAUCUAAAGGGGUUAGCUGAGUGGGCGCAGACACGGUCAAAGACACUGCGCAUGCGCGAGCGCUAUAAUGAACAGCCCACAGCUAAAAGCGUGCCCGCAGCUAAAGGUGCGUCCCAGCAAAGGCGACACCAGAGGUAA